CUCGCGCGCACGCGCAUAUGUCCGUUAGCUUGUGUGGAAGAUGCGCAUCCCUGCCUGUGGAAGCCAAGCGGGAGUGUGCUUGCGGCACGCAACACAGACACUUCUAAAGAUUAUCCUCCUGCGAACGGCUCUUCCAGCACUUGCAGACGAAUCGCAUGCACUCCCCCCACCCCUUCCUCAUCAACCCACCCUCCUCCUCCCCUGCUCGUUUCACCCAGUGCUCCCCACCUCCCUCCCACCACAUCACCAAUAGCACCAGCAAUUCCCCUCUUCACAUCCUAGCCUGGGGAUGCCAGCCGGCGGAAUGAGGCUUUGACAGUGCGCUGGGGCUACGGCAACUAACUAUUCUGUGAAUGUUUGACCUGGAGCAUCGGCAGUGGAGAGGAAUCCUGCUUUUUUUUGGAUCCCAGUAAGAAGCAACCAGCAUUCUCCAGGAAUCUAUCUGUAUAGGUUUCACACAGAGGACGACGGCAGCUCGCUCUGAGGGUAUCCCACUAAUAUAAAGAACAAGCCAUUGACGUGACCAGCAAAUCCAGAGAAGCUUUCAAGGGUCUUCAUGAGCUUAAAAUCCACAUCAAUUCACUGAAAGAAGAUCUCUUUCAGGUUCUCCGGAUUCUCAUAUCUGCUUUCAACGUACAACGUGACUUGAUUUUCUUCAGCACUCUCAGAGCAGAUGUGAGAAUCGGUGACAACUGCUGGCCGCCACCACAGCAUCCUGAACUUGGCAUGCUUUACAGCGCCCUACUGGCCCGUUGACUGAGCCUGGUGACACAGGUUAAGGUAUAAUUUUAAUCCCAGGAAAGGCUUCACCAAAAUCCGAACAUUUCCUCAUUUUUAACUUCCCAUCUUCAGGGCUGGCUUAUUACUGUUGGGUUUUUGAGGUGGCACGCUCCGGAGGACUGAGCCGUCUUCCCGAGUAUCCCAACAGUGUGGUGACAGCCAGACCAGCCCUGGUUCCGAAAUGAUGAUGUAUUUUUGGGGUAAUCAAGAGGCCACGGCCCCCCCAGAAGCAAUGGCACAACCCUACCCUCCUGCCCAAUACCCCCCUCCUCCGCAGAACGGGAUUCCAGCAGAAUAUGCAGCGCCACACCCUCACCCGACACAGGACUACACAGGCCAGAGCACAGUACCAGAACACACCAUGACUAUCUACACGCCGACGCAGACGCACUCAGAGCAGCCUGGCAAUGAGGCAAACACACCGUCUCUAACUGGCACGACGACAGUACCGCAAACAGAUGAGGUUGCACAGACAGAGGGCUCACAGCAACUGCAAUCCACAGACUCCUCAGAGAAGCAGCAGCCCAAACGGUUACAUGUGUCUAACAUCCCCUUCCGUUUUCGGGAUCCAGACUUGAGGCAAAUGUUUGGGCAAUUUGGGAAAAUUCUAGACGUCGAGAUAAUUUUUAAUGAACGAGGGUCCAAGGGAUUCGGUUUUGUAACUUUUGAAACAAGUGCAGAUGCAGACCGCGCACGGGAGAAACUAAAUGGUACAAUCGUUGAGGGACGGAAAAUAGAGGUGAACAAUGCAACAGCAAGGGUGAUGACAAACAAGAAGGUGGCGAAUCCCUACACAAAUGGUUGGAAGCUGAAUCCUGUGGUGGGAGCUGUUUAUGGCCCUGAAUUUUAUGCAGUAACUGGUUUCCCCUACCCGGCCACAGCAGGGGCAACACUCGCAUACAGGGGCGCACACUUGAGAGGCCGGGGGCGUGCUGUGUACAACACAUUCCGUGCCGCGCCCCCUCCACCACCCAUCCCCACCUACGGAGCAGUUGUCUAUCAAGAUGGAUUUUAUGGUGCAGAAAUUUAUGGUGGAUACGCAGCCUACAGAUAUGCACAGCCAGCGGCCGCUGCUGCAGCUGCAGCUUACAGUGACAGCUAUGGCAGAGUCUAUGCAACAGCAGAUCCAUACCAUCAUACAAUAGGACCAGCUGCCACAUAUAGUGUGGGCACCAUGCGUGGAACUGACUCAGACCUACUCAAACCUGUAUAUCACACACAUGCACAAGCACACACAAUACAUAUUUGUAAUAUUUAGGAAAAUGUUACGAUGUAUUUUAAAGUCCCUCUUGCUUAACUGGCAGCUGAAAACAUCUGAAUGUGACCUGCUUAAAAAUAAGGACUUCUAUAAAUAAGGGGCCUCUGGUGAGACACUCAUUUAAUGUAAAUAGGACUUAUUUUGAUUCUUUUUAUUUUGUAAAAUUAUAUUCAUUGCUGAACUUGUCUGGAAUGUACAGUGUAUUCCAGAGGUGUAGUAUCUCUAUGGGUGAUUUUGAUAGUGAAGAUAUAAACAACUCCUGUCACUCUUUGCAUCUCCAUGUCUAACCAAGCCAGUAUGACUACCUGCAAUGCUAAAGGACGCUUCAAGAACAUGCUUUUGAAUUACAUUUCAGCAUCAAGACAGAUCACCAUCAGAGCUUUCUGUGAUGUUACUGCCAUGAUGGAUAAAAGGAAAAUAUUCUUCAAUGAGCUCUUGGACGAGAGCCACUGAAAUUGCUAUCUUUCUGAGCCUGUUCACCAAAUAUGUCCGUCAUAUGCUGCUGUAGAAAUUAUUCCACAAAUCCAGAGAACUGUAGUGUAGGAUUGUGCAUACCAUGGCGUGCAAAGGCCAACAAAGAAGACGGUAUAAACCAUUCUAUGACUGCAGCCACUGCUGGUGACUUUUCUUCAGAAUGUGAAGUAGACUCCUGAUGGCCAGUAUCUGCAGAGCUAGAGUGAAAUUUAUGGGGAGAAGAAUUGAACCAAUUGUUCAGUAAUAGAAGCCUAAUGAAAAUAAAUACCACCACCAAGCAAUU